CUUUGAAACACUAUCUCUGGCUUGGCAGAGAACGCUCUUUUGUGGAAAAGUUUUGGCAAAUUAUAUUUAAUAAAAACUGAUAGAUACAAAGUGAAUACGCUAUGUCGGAAAACAAUGAAGCGUCAGUUGAAAGUAACUGUUUCCGAGGUGGCUUCACCUUGAAGGCCUCACGACUGGGCGGGGCAGUGCUACGUCCGGCCGUGCUUGGGCCCUCCGUUCUUGGCUCGAGUGCCCAGACCAACAGCAGCAACAGUAGUUCCACAUCGCUGGCCGGCAACAACGAGAAGUCGGACGAUGAGACCAUCUCAAACAAUCCAUUUUUGCGCGAGGACAAGGAUGAAGGGGACGAAGAUUCCGCAGCUGGCGCUGCUCCUCCGGUCGCCGCACCGGAGUCUUCCACUGAGAAACAACCAGAACAGAAGGACGACGAGGAAGUUGAUGAGCGGCCGGAUCCGCUGACCAAGCUUCGAAGCAAUGGCAUCGAACGAUCCAGUAUGUUCGGAGCGGCCAAAACCAAUAUGCCACAUGUCCAGACCACUGGCUAUGUCUUCGGUCAGAAUGUGCAUGAGCGUGUGAUCGGGGUUGGCCAUGACGGCCAUGUGGCCUCUGCCGUCCCAGGCAGCACCUCGGAGAAAACCGAGACAGACCAAGACAAUGUUGAGGCGGCAGCCGCCACAUCGCAAUCGCAGCAGACACAGGAACCAUCUUCCUCCUCGCAGCUUCUAUUCUCCAGCGUCAUUCAGAAGGCUGCCCAAUCCACAGACAGCAGCGAAGCGGCCUCCUCCAGCUCCAGCAGCAACAACAACAAAUCUGAGGCACUAGAGGCCAAGAGCCUGACAGAUGUGGCGCGUGAGUAUGAGGAGAGCCGCGCCCAGAAGCGCAAGUACGAGGAGGUGGAGACCUUCACCGGUGAGGAGGACGAACUGAAUAUUGUCGAUGUCAGCUGCAAGCUGUUCGCCUGGGUCAACAGCAACUGGGAGGAGCGGGGACGCGGCAGUCUGCGCCUCAACGAUGUCAAGGGCGAACGUGACUGUUCGCGCGUUGUCUUCCGUACCUCGGGCAACCUCCGCCUGUUGCUGAAUACCAAAGUCUGGGCGGCCAUGGUGGCCGAACGGGCCAGCCCCAAGUCACUGCGUCUGACUGCCAUCGAUAAUACGGGCUCCCUGAAGAUCUUCCUUGCCAUGGGCCGUCCGGCGGACAUUGCCCAGCUGCACAAGUCGCUCUGUGACCGCAUUGCCCGCCGCAAGCUAGCCCAUCCCGAAGAAUGCUCCGUCGAGGACACGAAAAAUGGUGUUGCCUCUGAGGCUGCCGCCAGCCUGCAGCCCGAAUCGACCACACACGAUGAUGAGGAUGACGAAGCCGCCGCCGUCGCUGUCGCACCAAUCAACACCAAUGCAGCCGCCGUUGCAGAGGCUGACAGCAUGGAGCCCAGUCCCAAGAAGGUGCUCGUCCAGCAGCCCGACAGCAGCGAUGAUAUCCGCGUGCCGGUCAUGGAGGUGACCAGCGAAGAUGUUGAUGCCGCUGCCGAUGCCGAGGCCGAGGCCAAGGAGUCCUCGUCCACUGAUCAGAAUUAACCGCCGCAUGCUUACGUUUGUGUUUUUUUUUUCAAAAUAUAAAUGGAGAACAGAGAAAACCCCCCCACAACUAAAUGAAUGAGAUCCGCAGUGAAUUAUUAUAAAUUAAUUAUAAUAAUU